UGAAUAUCAGUCAUACUUAGUAUUUGUGUUCGUUUCGUGUACUGAGAAGUGAAAAUGGCUGAAUAAAGAAAGUUAUAGUUAAAAUGUUUAUACCAGAAGCAAAUCAUUAUACAAUGGAGACUUUAUCAAAUGAAUUGGAAAAUGCACCUGAAUUUAUACCGUGUAGUGAAGAUAAUGUCAUUUGUUCAAAGUGUAGUAUUAUUUGUAAUAACGAAAAUUCACUUACAGUUACUUCAGAACGUGUUCGUCGCAAUCGCGGCACUAGAACCUGGCAGACUUAUUGCAGGUUUCAAAGAAAUUGUGCCUUCUAAAAUGAUUUUAACAAACUCUGAGAUAUUAAACAGCGGCUGCAGCGUUACACCAAAGAACGAAUUUCGUUCUAAUGAAGACAACAAAACUGAAUCCACUAUAGUAUCAGAUAAUUCAAUCGAUUCUAAUAGUUCGUGCGAGAUUAUAUUCAACGAUUCAACGGAAUCAAACAACGAGGAACGUAUCCCAGAGUCCGAAAUUUACGAUGGUGAUGAUUACGAUGAUUAUGAAGAUUAUGAUUCUGAUGAUGAUAAUGAUGAAAAUAAAGAUGAUAGUGAGGAAUUUAGUAGUGAAAGUGAGAGUGACGGUGACACAAGUCCAAAUGAAGACAAUUGUAUUAGUAAAACUAAAAAGGUGACAUUUAACCUCAAACCUGUUGUUCAUACCAUGAUUAAGUGGGACUACGCAUAUCGUGCUGCCAGGAAAGGCCCAUGGGAACAAAUGGCCAGAGAUAGAUCCAGAUUUAAUGGACGUAUUAGUAGCUAUCAUCUUAUACUUGAUCCUAUUUUACAAGAUGAUCAUCGGGUUCGUAUAUGGACAGAACGAUUCUCAUAGGUCAAGCAAUUAAUUAUUCUUCAAUAUCUGUACUAGGAAAAUUUGUCAUCAAGGUUGCUGAGAAAAUUAUUUAAGAAACGGAAUAAAUAUUUGGAAAUCAAAGAUAAUGUAGUUUUAAAAUUUUCCGUAGAAAAUAAAACAAAGAUGUGAAUGUAAAUAACAGGGAUUCUCAAUAGUAUCUAUAUUAAGAUAACAAGUAUUUAGAAAUCUUAAUAAUAAUAAUAUUAAAGAUAAUAAUAUCCAAUUUUUACAAACAAAUUAUACUUUACAAUAGUCAAUACAUUCGUUUAAAUAAGAAACUAUGGAAAUUGUAGUAAAGAAAUUAUUCGAUGCACGCAAUGUGCAUACGCUUUUGCAAAUGCUUUUCGUAAGAUACCUCUGUUGCAAUUUUUAAUUCAAAUAAGAAUCCCUGUAUUUCUUCACAGUUUCGGAUUUUUGUUCAAAAAAAGAUUGGAGAAACUAACGAAUUUAAAAGAUUAUAUAAUAAUUUCUAUUUUAGUUAAAAUUUAUGCAUGGUUUUAAUAGUAAUUUAAUAAACAUAUAAAAAAGUACAGUAUUAUUUUAUUGAAAAAUGUAAAAUGAGAUACUUUAACAAAGCGUUCUUAGAACACGUUCCUCUAUUAACCUUACUAUUUAUUGUGAUUAUUAUUUUAAUAUUUUUUUUUUAAUUUUUUCGCUUAUUGAAUGUUAUUUCAGUUAAUGUUUAAAUAUAAUGAUUUUUCAAAAAAUAAUGACCAACAUGAAUAUGAAACAUAACAAUGACUUUGUUAAAGAUUCAACAAACGCAUUUCUGAAAAUUCAGCAACCUUGCAAAAAAGAUAUUGAAGAUUUGUAAAAUUGUUUUAAAUAAAUUCAAAAUGAAAACUCACAAAUAAAAAAUACUACAUACAUAGUGGUAUAUUUCAAUGGGAACAACACUAAUAUUCUGAAUUGUUAAUAGGUAAAAAAAAAAAAAGAAAGAUCUUUAAAAAUGAUAUAUUUAUGUUCUUAUUGAAAUAUUCCAUACUGUUAUAUUCCAUCUGUAAUCACAUCCAUAUUGUAAUAUUUAUCAAAAUGAAAUGUAAAAUCCUAUAUAUUCAGUAAAAUUAUUAUCUGCAGUGUAGUUUUGUUUAAGAAAUUUUAUGUACUGUAUAUAACAUUAAAUUAUUAGACAACAAUUAUUUUUUAAGUUCUAUCAUACUCAUCAGAUGUAUAUAAUAUAUAACAAAUUUUUCUAAUGUGACAGAGUACGAACAUUAUGAUUCUUAAGCUCAUAGUAUAAAUGUAUAUGUGUAUAUGAGAAAUGCGUGAGUUCAAUGAAUUAUUUAAUGAGAGCAGUUAAUAACAUACGCGUGACCUGAAAAUAAAAAAAAAUAGGAAUCCAAAAAUCGAAAAUAAGUAAAUAAUCUAUGCGAAAUACGUAGCAAGAAACUUUUCACUGUUCAUUUUAUAAUCUGUCAAUAAUUGACGAAUCGAAAACCACCAUUUGUAUAUGCUCUUCACAUUCCCAAAGAAUACUUCUUCACUAGACAAAUUAAUUAUCGUAUUUAAGUGCAUAGAUUAAAGUGUUGUCUUUGUUAAUAAUGAGAUUAUGUCGUUGUUAAUAAUGUGAUAUUUAAAAUGUUGAAGAUAAACAAAAGAAAAAAAAAAAAUUUGCAGAAUUCGGAAUAACUUGAACAAAAAUUUUCUAUACAAUUCGAAGAAGUAUGUUUGGAACGAUUGAAGGAACGUCGAUUAAUAAAAAUUAUUCAAAAAUUAUAAAU